AUGACUCUUACAGCCACCACUACCCAGACAGCAAAACUUGAUACAACUCCUUCGUGGAAGGACAUUAGCGACAACAAGAUCUACGCGCUAAAUGCUUCCAUCCCAGAAGAAUGGCGUAUCCCAGAGCAUCUCCUGCCACCGAAAGAUCAAGCGGAUGUUACCAAAUGGCCGGAGACUUCAGGCUGGUUCACGAAAGAUGAACUCGCCAUUACAUCUCUCACGGUCGCUGAGCUUCUGAAGAAACUCGCUUCUGGGGAUCUCACGUCUGAGCAUGUCACAAAGGCAUUCUGUAAAAGAGCUUGUGCCGCCCAUCAACUUACAAACUGUCUCGCAGAGACUUGCUUUGACCGCGCUCUCCAAACAGCCCGUCAUCUAGACGCCCACCUCGCACAAACAGGAAAACCCAUAGGCCCUCUCCACGGCCUCCCCAUCUCCCUCAAAGACAACUUCAACCUUGUAGGUCUCGACUCAACCGUCGGCUUCACGUCCCACGUCGGCGACCCUGCCGUGUCCGACUCGGCCUUGGCAACUCUGCUCCAGAACGCCGGUGCUGUUUUCUACGUCAAGACAAAUGUGCCCACGGCCAUGAUGAUUGCGGAGUCUGUGAACAAUACCUUUGGAAGAACUGUGAAUCCUAUGAAUAGGAAUACUACCAGUGGUGGGAGUUCGGGCGGGGAGUCGGCGCUCAUAGCGUUUGGGGGAAGUCCUUUGGGUGUUGGAUCUGAUAUAGGAGGCUCACUGCGUAUUCCCGCUGCCUGCACCGGACUCUUUACCAUCCGGCCUUCAGCAGGUCGUUUCCCCGUCCGCAACACCCGCUCGGGAAUGCCCGGCCAAGAAGCAGUAGCAUCUGUCAACGGCCCUCUAGCCCGAACCCUUCAAGACGUGCAGCUAUACAGCAAAGCUGUUAUAGAUGCCCAGCCCUGGCUAUUUGACCCCAAAUGCCUUCCCAUUCCAUGGCGACCAGUCCAGCUCUCUGAAAAGUUGAAGAUAGCAUUCAUGUUACACGACGGCAUGGUCCGCCCAACACCUCCUGUGUCUCGAGCUCUCCAGAUCGCAAGAGAGAAACUGGAAAAGGCUGGUCACACUAUUAUUGAGUGGGAUCCAGUUGAUCAGAAGGAAGGUGUUGAGCUUCUGGGUCGCAUGUUCCUCGCGGAUGGAGGGCAGACGAUCCGUAAGGAACUUGAGCGCACAGAUGAGCCAUGGAGGCCAGAGAUGGAAGCAUAUCGCACUGCGCGAGAUCUGAGCACAUCUGAGAUGUGGAAGCUUCAUCUCGAGCGAACGGCGUUCCAGAACCGCUAUCUAGACCGUUGGAACAAAGCAGGCAUCGAUGCUAUUAUAUGCCCAACAACUCCGUAUAGUACAUUGAGGCAUGGGAGCUUCAGACAUGUUGCUUAUACCGGCGUAUUCAACGUCGUCGACUAUUCAGCUGUCUCUUUUCCAACGGGGAUUAGUGUUGACAAGGACGUUGACAAGCUUGAGUCUUACGAGCCCUUGAGUCCACUGUGCAAGUCUGUCAAUGAAGAUUACGAUGCGGAACUGGUCCACGGGUUACCUGUUAGUCUUCAGAUUGUUGCACGCAGACUGGAAGAAGAAAAGGUCCUUGCUAUGGCCAAACUUGUGCAUGAGACAAUAGUAUAA